CGCCGGUCAGGAGCGAGCCGGAGCCGGAGCCGGAGCCGGAGCGGGGCCGCAGGAGGGAGCCGGGGACCCAGACAAAGAUAGAGCGCCAUGGCUCUCGAUGGGUUCAGAGCCGCUGUUAAGCAAGGGAGCCUGACAGAUGCGAUUUCUAAUGUGCAGCAGAGAACACCAGAGUCGUUUAACAGCCACACCCUCCACAUCGCCGUCACGGGGGAGUCGGGCUCUGGGAAGUCCUCCCUCAUCAACGCCAUGCGGGGGCUACGUGCUGGUGAUGAAGGCGCUGCUGAAACCGGGAUGCUCGAUACCAUGACGAUGCCGGUGGCUUAUCCAGAUCCCGUCCUCCCAGGUGUCACCCUCUGGGACCUGCCAGGGGUGGGGACAUCCUCUUUCCCUCUAGACAGCUACUGUAAGCAGCUCAAUUUGAGCCGAUUUGAGUUCUACAUCAUCGUCGGCUCCCAGCGCUUCCGCUCCGACCAUGCGAGGCUGGCCUGUGAGAUCCAGAGAAUGGGCAAGAGGUUCUACUUUGUGCGCUCCAAAGCCGACAUGGACCUGGACGCUUCCAGGAGGCAGCGUCCCUCCAGCUACAACGAGGAGAGGAUCCUGGAGCAGAUCAGGGAGGAUUGCAGGAGAGGCGUAGCUGCUGAAGGAGUGGGCCACCCACAGGUUUUUGUCGUGUCCAGCUGGGAACCCAACCGCUACGAUUUCCCACUCCUGCGACAAACUUUGCAGACGGAGCUGCCGCACCUGAAGAGACACGCCUUCCUGCUUAGCCUGCCUGCUGUCACCUCACCCAUCAUCAACCAGAAAAAAGCCGCCCUGAAGGGGGAGAUUUGGAAAAUAGCCCUUUUCUCAUGUCUUCUCGCUGCCGUUCCUGUCCCAGGUCUCUCUUUCUUGGGCACCUUCGUCGUCUUCAGGAAACACCUGUUCCGAUACUAUAGCAACUUCGGCGUGGACAACAGGUCCCUCUCUGCUCUCGCCCGACAGGUUGGGAAGCCCGUGGAGGAGCUGACGGCCGUGAUGACGUCCUUGGGAAUGACCCCCAUGACGGCUCUGAAGCUGUUGUUGGAUUCGGUGGGGGCCGCUGUGAUGGUAAGGGAAUAUUCGUGGAAGCGCCUCCCCGUAUUUGGUGCCAUGGUGUCUGGAGGGGUGGCACUCGUUACCACGUACUUCAUGCUGCGGAAGUGUUUGGCCUCUGUAGCUGACGACACCCAGCGGGUUCUGAGCAAAGCACUGGAAGCAGAAAGGGAAAACACCAUCUAGGAUUUGGUGUUGCAUUGGAUGAGCCUGCUGCUGUAGAAGACACAGUCUUGGACUUCAAGCAGGAAAGAUUCAUGCUUCUCCAUCCAGGAGUUGCAUGUGUAGGCCAAAAGCCUAGUUGGAAGAAAUUGUCUCAAGUAAAAUUUUGCUUAUUUUGCCUUAUACUCCAUUUUGCCAGCUUUGAAUUAGUACGAAGACAUUGUUCUGAGUUUAUUUUUUGCUGAUUGUGUUAACAUUUGUGCUUAGAAGGAUAGAUGUUCUAUGGCUGUAAUUGCCUUAUUUACUGUUUGGUGUGAGGGAAGAAUGUCUGGUAAUUAACUGAGAUAGGACAACUGGGCUGGAUGGUCAAGAAGGGAGUGGAGGAGUCAAGAGGAACCAACUUUCUUAUCAAUCCCCGGAUGGCAGAUUGACGACCGUAAACCAAAGGCAUAUGCCCCGCGGACGAGAUAAAGAGUUGAGCCAAAGGGACGAGAUAAGAAACAGCUGCAGAUCCUCCCGAUAACAACUCAAAAUAAUGCUAAUUAAGAGCAACCUUGACUACCUCGUGAUUGACAGCGCCGGUGUGACACAGCAAGGCCCAGAGACUUGUAUGGGAACUUAUCACUAUAAAAGGCGGGUGUAUGGCCAUGGGACUUUGGGUUCAUUCAGCAUCAACAUCGGAGCUUCGAACACGUUCGACAGAGGCCCAGCUCCCUUCCCUCCUGUGCAGGUUCAGCUGGCCACUGGAACUGACCGAGCAGCACUAAGGACUGGUAACUAUAAGAUCCAACUGCAACCUUUGUGUGUGUGUGAGUGUGAGAGUGAGAGAGAGAGUGUGUGAAUGGAAGCACAUGCUGAUUUUAAUAAUUAAAUUGUACUCUCAGGAAAUGUGGCGUAUUGCCUUAUCCCCUUUAAAAGAUUCCAUGUGAUUCCUAUAAGCAUAACACAUGUUCAGCCCCCAUAAGCCAUCUGGGGCGCCGUUGCACACCAGUCAAAGCCCCCAUCAUGAAGGAGACACAUUCAGUGUCAGCUCAACGCUCCUGAAGUUUUACCCCACAAGGAAUGAGGCAGCUUCCUUCUGGACAUGCAUACAACAAAAAUAAAAUUAUACUGAAUCCGGUUCUAUCAACCUAGGACCCGCUGGGCUCCUCCAUCCCUUCAGUAUCUGAGCACCUUACAACCAUGAAUGGACCGGAUCCCCGCACUGGGUCAAAUCAGCUGCCACUCCAUUCGGGUCAAUGGGGCCAGAUCCCAGCUGGGGUCAGUCGGCUGUAGCUCCAUUGCAGGUUAGAAGCUAAAGGCCUUGUCCUCAUGGGAAAGUUUUUCGGUAUAACCUAAGGUGUGAAUUGAAACCGAUAGAAUGAUCCUGGCGUAACCUCGUGUGUGAACGCUCUCACUCCAGCAGAAAAAUGACUUUUUUUCAGUUUCGUUUAUGUCACUUGGGAGGGGGUUAAGUUGAGUUGGAGAAUGUCACUGUUCUACCGGCACAAGAGCGUCCCUGGGGCAGGGGGUUAGAGCAGCAGACCCAGUACACCUGGCCUUUGAAGACAAGGCCUAAAAGCCUCAUUAAAAUCCUGCCCUGUGAAUCUGAUCAGUUGCAUUUAGCUGCAAUGCUGGGGUAGUGGUUUGCUGCGUGGGGUGUUUCAUUCUGACCAGUAUCAUCUGGUUGUUUCCUCGCACUAUUUCUUGGCCUGUUUGUUGAAUCUACCUAUUGCCAAUAGUCUUACACUUAGAGUGAAAGCGCUUCUGGGAGGGCCUGUCUUUUUGUUACAUCUUCGUACAGCACCUGGCACAAUGGGGCCCUGGUUUCUAUUUGCUACUGUAAUACAAACAACUCACAAUGAUUGACCGGGUACCGUGUGCCAUCGCUGUAUCAACAGGCUGACAGUCAGUAUCGAUUCUAAUCACAGCGUCUUGCCAUCAUUCUUAUUGACUCAUUCACUCCCUGCGGCAGAUUAUGUUUAAUGUAAUAACGCCGUUACAUUCCACCCCCGCCAGCCAGCGUGUAUCGCAUUUACCUUCAUUCACUAAUCUCGGUAUUUGUUGCCUUUGGGUUGACAGUCACCACGCUGGUUUAAUAAAGGUGCAUUAAACACACGCCGCUGCCUGCAGCUUCUUGGGCAUCUCUCUGGCUUGAGAUACGGGGAUCUCGCUGGUAUCCACAGUCGCGCUCGGCAGGGGGAAGAGCCCCCAGUAUCACUGCCAUACGCAGCUGGGAACGUGCACCCAUCACUAGAGCCUGCAAAUCCGUAGGGAUCCGCUGUAUAACUUAGACCAUUUUUCGGAUACCCGGGUGGAGGCUGUGACGCACUGGGAAUGUUCUUAGUGUUUUCUCUGAAUACUGUGUGGGUGCCUCAGUUUCCCCUAUGCUUUUCUUAAAUAUCUAGGGGGUGGGAUAAGGGUGUAUGGUUGCUGCAGAGCAAAGGGCCAGUGUACCUAAAUGCCCGACACUCUGUCUCCUAGCAACUGAUGGCCUGGGCCCCUCUUCUGCAAAGGUGCCAACUGAAGGUGUUGGAGACAAAGAGAUCAGGUGACCUCCUGGCCUGGGAAAGAGACAAAGCGCAGAGAAGGAGGGGUUGGAGGGGGUUUCAGGGUUGGAGCUAGCUGGGGACGAGGAGUGAGAGCAGUCGUGGGUGUCUGGCUCUCUGAACCCCAUAAUGGACCCAGCCGAGGGGUCCCGUUUGCCGCUGUACCUACAAGUUCUGUUUUAGACCGUGUUCCUGCCAUCUAAUAAACCUCUGUUUUACUGGCUGGCUAAGAGUCACGUCUGACUGCAAAGUGGGGGCGCAUGCAGGACCUCUGUCUUCCCCAAGACCCCGCCUGGGCGGACUCACUGUGGGAUGCGCACGGAGGGGCAUAUGCUGAAUGCUCCAAGGUCAGACCCAGGAGGUGAAGGCGUGUGAGCUUCUUGCCCUGAAGACGGUCUGCUCCGAGGGAGAGGAGGCUCCCCAAAGUCCUGACUGGCUUUGUGGGGAGCAGUUCCAGAGCAUCGCCCAAGGACUCCGUGACAGAGGCGAAUACCAAUUUUGUAUCCGCGCAGGGCUCUGACGGUAAAAGCCGUGUGGGCAGCUGUGAGGAACCGUGGUGUGGACCCUCCACCUGCCCUGGACAGCGGGUCUGGGGGGCAGGGUUGAGAGACGCUGGGCGAGGGCUGCUCAGGCCUCCCACCCAGGGCAAGUGGGGGGACCCAGGCUCCCCACAGCUGCCAGCACAGCUCUCUCCGGCCCAGCUCCAGUGGCUGGGGGAGGGAGGGGAGUCGGAGCUGCAGCCUGGCCAUGUUAUGCUUAUAAGAAGCACACAGGAUCUUUUUCAGGGGAAAAGGCAAUACGCUGCAUUUAUUGAAAAUACAACAAUUAGCAUAUGCAUUUAAUUACACCACACACACGCACACUGUCCCGCCAGUCGAUGUUAUAGUUACCAGUCUAGAGUCCGGAUCAAUCUAGUGGCCAGCUAGGUUGAUCAUGGGUAGGGAGGAGCCGGGUUCCAUCGGUCGCAACACGAUGCUCCGGGGAAGUCUUGGCAGGACGGCAAGACCCCCUGUUUAUAUAGUGAUUCUCCUUCAUUGGGACCAAUUAGUUUUGCACCGUCAUGCUGUAAUUAAUUGUUGUUUGAUGAGUGCUUGUUUUUUUUAAUUUUUUAUUUUUUUUAGGAAGUUACCCACAUGCUGGUUUUGAUUACAGCUAUUUUGUCCCCAUUGA